AUGCCAAUCCGGUACUCCUUGACAAGGCUGCUCAGGUCCGAGCUCGGCCAAUUCUACACCUUCGAUUGUCUUCCAACGUCGCGGAGCUAUAUGCACGUCAUGUGCAAGUCCACGGGCAAGACAGUGGCGAGUGUUAUGGUGCCACCUUUCAUGGCAAUCCACUUUAUCAAUGCAUACGAGGAGGUAGACAAGCACGGCGAAGCUACUGAGAUCAUCGCCGAUUGCUGCGAGCAAUACGGUGAUCCUGCAAUCAUCAAGACACUUGUCCUCAGGCAACUGAGGUCGUUUAGGGGCAUGGAUUUGUUGCCUAAUUCCAGAGUUGGCCGGUUCAGGAUACCGCUUGACGGCAGCACGUUUGGCGAGCUCCAGUCGGCGCUGGACCCAGAGGAGCAUGGCCGAGGGAUAGAGAUGUGCAACAUCAACAGGGCGCGCAUCGGGAAGAAGUACCGCUAUGCUUACGGUUGCGGCGCACGCCGGCCAUGCAACUUCUUCAACACGCUCACAAAGAUGGACCUGGUGUUGCAGAAGGCCAUGAGCUGGUAUGAGGAGGGUGCCGUGCCAUCCGAGCCCUUCUUCGUGGCGAGGCCUGGAGCAUCCGACGAAGACGACGGUGCGGUCAUGUCAAUCGUGAGUGCCGAGGAUGGUGGAGGUUAUAUGGUUGUGCUGGAUGCAACCACGUUCAAGGAGAUUGCGCGCGUCAAAUUCCCAUAUGGGCUGCCCUAUGGUUUCCACGGUUGCUGGAUCCCAGCCAAGAACUCAUAA